UUAGCAGAACAACAAAAAUUGCAACAGCAACAGCAACAGCAGCAGCAGCAACAACAACAAAAGCAACUACUCCAAAUCUCACCAACAGCAGCAGCAACGCAAAUAAGCAGCAAAGUCACACACAAACGUUCACAUUCACAAACGAAAUUCAAGAUUCGCAAAACCGAAUCGGUGCAGGAGACCCACUUGGGUGAAACACCCACCAAACGUGCCGCCAGCAAGAAACGCUUCUCUAUGCGCAAAUCACGUUCGCUUGACGCGGAGGCAUAUACGUUGGCCUGCGUACAAUCGCCGCUCUGGGCAACGCUAACGAAUGCCCGGACAAUCAAUGAAAUCCUACAGGACGAAUACUAAAGAAAUGAUAAAAAAGUUGGAGAUAGAGUGCGAGAGAGAGAGAGAGAGAAAAGGGGCCAAAAAGCUGGCGAUAAAGGAAAUGAUUGUGCAAGAAGCAGAAAUAGCGUCAGUCGGGGUGAGACAGUAAAUUCCAACCGAAAAUCAUCAUCUACAUCCAAAAGCAGCUCAAUUUUGGCAUCCGCAAUCCCAUUAAUCCAUGAAGUAAAUAUAAUUAAAUUGGCGAAACCACAACAACAACAAAAAAAUAAAUAAACGGGAAGUGUAAAAAAUUAUGUACUUAAGAAAAAGUUUGCCUAUGAAAAGAGAAGCAAAGUUAUGAAUGUUUGGAGUAUUCGGAAUAAUUUCUUGUUUAAUGUGUUGAUAGUUAUUUUAUUGAAAAAAUAAAUAUAGCAAGCAUUGGUAAUGAAAAUUAUGUAGCAUAGUGUAAAAUUUAAUUAAGAACUGUGUACUAAAGAAUUUACUAACUAUAUUUGUAUUAUUUGAAAAGUUAAUUAAAUAAAUCUUUUAAAUCAAACAAAACUUUUAA